UGGAGGGGCGGGACUCGGUACCCAGCGCGGGGGCACGAGCUGCUCGCGGACGGGACACACCAGGGCGCAGGCUUUGUUCCCUCUCCCCCUGUGUUUUCCCGGGGCCUGCGUAGGCCCCUCGGCUGUCCAUGGAAGGCGGAAGCGGCUGCGGGGUCUGUCUCCUUGCGAAGGGGUCUCAUUCUCGCCGCCAUGUCCGGGGGCUUCGAGCUGCAGCCGCAGGACGGCGGCCCCCGGGUGGCCCUGGUGCCUGGGGAGACGGUGAUCGGCCGCGGGCCGCUGCUGGGAAUAACAGACAAGAGAGUGUCCAGAAGACAUGCCAUUCUUGAGGUGGUGGGUGGUCAGCUUCGAAUCAAACCGAUACACACAAAUCCAUGUUUUUAUCAGUCUUCUGAGAAGGGCCAGCUCUUACCAUUGAAGACAAACCUAUGGCGCUGGUUGAAUCCUGGAGAUAGUUUUUCUCUAUUAGUUGACAAAUACAUUUUCCGUGUUUUAUCUACACAUUCUGAAACAGAAAUGGAAUGUACUUUAAGGAACAGUCAAAUGCUUGAUGAAGAUGAUGCAUUGAAUGAGACACCAAAAUCUUCCUCAGUUGACUUGCCUGUUGAGACAACUGGUGACCCACAGCUGGAAAGCAGCACAGAAAUAGCAGAGACCCAGCCCACCGCAAACAGUGUGUCCCUCCUAGGUGAAUGCAGAGGCAUGAGUAAGCAACAGCCAAACCCUGCCCAGAGGAGAAGAAUCCUUCCAGCCUGGAUGUUAACAGAAGAUCUAAGUGAGCAAAACCUUUCAGCGCCAGUCAGCAGUGGAGAUAAUAACGUAAUCCAGGAAAGUGGAAAAGAAGGAAUCUGCAAAGAUAAAACCCAAGUAAACAUAACACAGCAAGGAAGAAAGCUAUCUAUUUCAUCAGGAAAUUCAGAAGGUACAUCAGCAGAAGAAGACGCAGGGAAAAAGUGUAAAAAUGCUGGUCAGGAAGAGUCUGUCAUCCCAUCCAAGGAAGUGCCACAGUCAUGUUCUGCAACCACGUUACAUAGCACAGAAGUGAGUAACGUGAAAACUGGUACACAGAGAAACAAAAUCCCAACAGAGGAGCUUGGUAAGGCUUCUGAGCAUAAACUCAUCACUAAAGGAACACGAAAUAAAGAUGACGAGACGAGGAGCUGUUCUGAGAGCCGUUCGAGUGCCCAGGGCAAGUCCUUCCGUGAUGGGUCUCAAAGAUCUCAUCCUCAGUCCAGCUCUGGUCCCUGCAGUCCUGAAACUUCGCACACAAAAGCAGAGGCAACCGAUGCAGUUCCACAUGGCUCUGAGGAACACAAGGUCAAGCGGACAUCCUGCAUGUAUGGGGCAAACUGCUACAGGAAGAAUCCUGUCCAUUUUCAGCACUUCAGUCACCCGGGCGAUGGUGACUAUGGAGGUGUGCACGUCACGUGUCAAGAUGAGGCUGAUGGCCGACCCGAGUGUCCCUAUGGAGCAUCUUGUUAUAGGAAGAAUCCCCAGCACAAGAUAGAAUAUAGACAUAGUACACUUCCAGAAGUAGAAGCCAAAAGAUCUAGAAAGAAAUCUAUUAAGGAAGUGAGAAGCAUUUCAGAUGAAGACGAUAACGUUGGGCAACCCAGUGAGUACCCCCUGGAUGACAGUUUUCUAGAUGAUGAGGAAGAGGAAUACGAGCCAACAGAUGAAGAUUCCGACUGGGAGCCAGGAAAGGAAGACCUGGAGAAGGAAGACAUGGAAGAGCUUUUGAAAGAAGCACAAAAGUUUAUGAAAAGAAAAAAGUAACUCUUCUCUGAGAUAAUAUAUGGCUCAUAUUUACUCUUCCCGUAUGGAAAAAUAAUGCAGGAACUAAGGAAACACUUAAGCAAUAAUUAUUUUCUUUCUUUUUAUAGAUAUGACUCUACUAUUGAUUCUCUGUAAAUGAAACAUGGAAAUGUCAACCUGCAGUGUAGUGGAUGGAAUUUGCUAUGUUAUUUUGCUUUUUCAUUCCUAUUUAAAGCAUCUAGAAAUAGUAAGCUGCCAGAGAAUUAAAGAGAAAUAAUUGAUAUUUUUCAUGUACUUCGUGUGUCGGUAAUAAAAAGUAAAAGCUAUGGGUUGCACAAAACUUUGGCCUUUUUCCCAAAGAUUCUGUCUUUGAGUAGAAUGCUGUGCAGGUGUAACCAGGCAAAUGACGUAACUGGUGGGAAAGCGUGCUUCGUUCAUUCCUGCUGAAGUAAUUCUUCAAGGAGAAGCAGGCUGGAAGAAAUAACAGCCAUCAUAUAAUGGCAGUUAUUUUUUCUAGUACCCUGGAUGUGAGCUUUGCCAUUUCAUUUACUACUUUGAUUCUUUGAAACUUGGGAAAAUUAUCAAAUGGAUACUGAAAAUAGAUUCAACUAGACUAUAGAAAUGUCCAACCUGCAGGGAAUGCUCAAGUCUGUGGUUUACUGUGCGUCUGAGUUGAAAGGUAGAAAAACUCAAAGAAUUUGGCCAUUUCUUUUUCAUACUGAAGGCCCACCUGGUUAUUUUAACUCUCAAUAUGCUGUCUUUACAUUAAGAAUAUAGAAAUUAUUUUUGACUAUAAUUUUCUCAAAUGGCAUUCAUUCUUUUAUAGUCAGAUGAAAGUAGUAAGUUGUCUGCCAGCACUCAAGAUUCUGGCCUCUUAUUUCAAGAAGAGACCCUUUCACAUUUAUGAAGUGUAUCUCUAUUCUUAAAAUACCAUAGAGCAUGUAAUACUUUUCAUUUUCGGUGACUUAGGAUCUUUGAAAUACAGUUUAGAAUCUUUAAAUUAAACAGUUGGGGAUGUGUAUACAGAGAAGCAGGUUUAGUACUGAAAUCAUAAUUCACUGAACCAAAAAGCUUCCUUGUUGAACACUGAUACCUUUUAUUCUAAGAGAACCUAAAAAUUUAUAUCUUAAAAGAGGAAGACAGAUUUAUAAUUGUUUUCUUAGUGUUUUUAAAUGUUUUCAGGUAAUUGCAUAAAAUUAAAAUUUACUUACACUACAGCAAGGAGAAGAUAAAUAUUUCUCUAGACCAUUAUUAUCUAUUAUUCUGACUUAGUCUCUUGUUAUUUAGGAACUAAUUUUCUUCUCCUAAGGCCCUUUUAUCUUGGGGGCUUGACAAACCUGUGAAAAAAAUUCUUUAAACUUAUCCUCAUUCCUGCACUAACUUAAUCUUUAAAGUGUUCCUUGACCUACUCAUAGAUGUAUCCCAAAGGAAUUAAAAGAUGUGUGUUCACCAAAAAACCUCAGACACAAUGUCCUCAGAAGCAUUCUUCACAAUAGUCAAAGGUAGAAACACCUAAAUGUCCAUCAGCUGAUGAAUGGAUAAACAAAACAUGGUCUGUCUCUAUAAGGGAAUAGUUUUCAGCCAUAGAAAAAGAACUAAAGUCUUGAAACAUACCGCAGUGUGGAAAAACCCUGGAAACAUUACGCUAAGUGAAAGAAACCAGAUACGAAAGGCCAUGUGUUGAAUCAGCUCAUUUAUAUAAAAUACCCCAAAUUAACAAAUCCGUUGAGACAGAAAUUAGAUUGGUGGUUGCCAGGGUCUGGGGGAGUGGAGGGGAUAGAAGGUGACUACUAAUAGAUAAUUUCUUUAUAAAUUGAUAAAAAAUAUUCUAAAUUAGUGGCGAUGGUCACAAAACUGUCAGUAAGCUAAACCCCACUGAACUGUACACUUUCUCAGCGUAGGUUUUAUGGUAUGUGGAUUAUGUAUCUCAAUAAGGCUGUUAUAAAAAAAAAAAAAUACAAAAGGUGAGAAUUGUCUUUCAGAAAGAAAAAGCAGCAUUCAAUAUCAAUACGUUCUUCUUGGAAGUAGAGGAAUGUGAUAGCACACGGUAGCUGUUUUUUAAGGAGAGUUUGCUGCGCCUUCAUAAUCGUCCUGAAGUCACUUUUGAGUAUAACCAAUGUAUAAAUAUGUAACUUAAUUGUAAUGAAAAUUUGCCACUUGUAACUGGACUGUGUUUAAAUCUGUGAUUUUCAAACUAGAGGGAAAACUCGUGAGAUUGUGGGCUCAGAAGCAAUGUUAACCGAAACUUGAUUCUUUGAUUGCUGUCCUGACCAGUGGAGAAGAGCCAACUCUCCUUAUCCUGGUAUUUGUGGAAUUUAAACUCUAUCUCAGUCUCUUCCAUCAAGCUAAAAAUGAUCAAUUUUUCACCUACAUGUUUAAUUCUAAAAGCAAAUAUUUUUGUUGACUUGGAGGGGAAGUGGGUUUUCAGGGACCUUGGGAGGCUGGAGACGUGAGGAUGUUUUGGUGACGCGUGGGCACUGAUUCUGCUUUUCCCCCAGGUCGAGGACAGCCUUGUUGACUCUGUGAGUUUCUAGUACUGGACAGUCCUAGUGGUUGUGAACAUUCGUUGUAAUCAAAGCGAAUAGAUUAUGAGCAUAAUUUUUCCAGAGUGGUGAUCUAAAGCUGAGACUAAAUGGAUAGUGGAUUUCUUCUGAUUAACCUGUGCAGAGCUCAGAGUCACCAACACACCCCAUGGAGGGAGAAACCACACACGAGGUGCUACAUUCAGCCCUGCUCUGGGAGACCACCUCGUUCCCAUUCCGUUCCCCUUCUUGAGCAGGAAUCUAUAAGUGUGUGUGUGCGGUAGUGGUGGUGGGGGGUUCUUCCUGCCAAUCUGCAAACCUAACUUACGAAGCUGUUCCUCUAUAAUAGGUAUUGAAAGAAAAUGAUAAAGAGUAAUUAUUGCUGAGUUCAUUACUGGCCAGCCUGAUACAAUGUACAUAAUAAACUUCAUUAUCAUAAACAA